UGGAGCUGUCAAACACGUUGCAACGUCAGAGCGUGUCACGUCAAACUGUGUGUGAAAAACGAGAAAAAAAGCAAGAGAAAACUAAAGUGCUGAUUGUAUUGCUUCAUCAAAAGCUCCCCUUUUGGGCUGGAAUAGUUGGGCCUUUUCUCCCCAUUCAAAAGCGGACGGAACAGUGCAAUAGUGGAAAACCAGUGCCGUAUGUUUGCCCCACAGUAACGCCACAACAACAGUCCUUGUUUUUCCACGUAUUGGUCGCGUUGUGAUUACGCUGGAAUUUCCCCAUCGGUAGCGCGGACUGUCCUUCCCACACCCAACCCAUCCCUCCUUCCAAAAGGUGAUACGUGUUUGCUGCCAUUGAUCGACCCCCGGGGGAGGAAAGAUUAGUUGGCCUCAACCCGUAACGACACACACACACACACACCCCCGAACAUGGCUGGUGGAAGUUCGCCCUCGAAGGAGGACAUCGAUGCCAUUUUCCAUCGGUUACGAUCGCAGGCAACGAACAAGACCUGUUUCGACUGUGGAGCGAAAAAUCCCACCUGGUCCACGGUGACGUACGGCGUGUUCAUCUGCAUCGAUUGCUCGGCCGUGCAUCGGAAUUUGGGCGUGCAUCUGACGUUCGUCCGGUCCACCAACCUGGACACGAACUGGACCUGGCUGCAAAUUCGUCAAAUGCAGGUCGGCGGCAAUGCCAAUGCGGCACAAUUCUUCCGCCAGCAUAACUGCAACACCACCGAUGCGCAACAGAAGUACAACUCACGUGCUGCCCAGCUGUACAAGGAUAAGCUGCUAAACAAAGCCCAACAGUCGCUGCAGCUAUACGGAACGACGCUGCACAUUGACAAUGCACACGACCUGAACACGACCGCCAGCGAGAAGAAGGAGAUGGACUUUUUUGCGGAUUGCGACAACUUCGACAACGACACGGCGACGGUCGAACGGAACAACAAUCCCAGCAGUGGGCCGAAGGUCGAUGCGGAGCUGGAAAACAUUCCAAAGCUGGCUUCGCUGAGCGCCACGGUUGACCCCACCGCCGGUCCGCGGGUCGAUUUCCUCACCUCCGAGGUGCCGGUCGAGCCGGUCAAGUCAACGAUCGGGGUGCGCAAAAUACAACCCAAAAAGGGUGGGCUCGGUGCGAAGAAGGGCGGCCUCGGUGCAACCCGCGUCAAGACCAACUUUGCCGAAAUCGAAGAGCGCGCCAACAUGGCGGACAAGCUGAAGCUGGCGCCGGCCCCGGAGAAACCCAUCACCGAGGAGGAAAAGGCAGAAACGCUCGCCAGCGUUCGGCUAGCCUACCAGGACCUAUCGAUCAAGCAGCACAGGGAGGAGGAAAAGCUGAAAGCGAUCGAUCCGAACAAGGCGAAACAAAUCGAGCGGCUAGGAAUGGGGUUCGGGCGGGCGGCCGGUGUUUCCCACUCCGCCCUGACCGACAUGAAGACGCUCACGCCCGAGGAAGCGACCCGGAGCAGUGCGGCGUCCCUUAGCAAGGCGCUGUACGAUCGCGACGAUUCGUCCAGUGGCGGCGGUGGUGGCGGCAGUGGUGGUGGUGGUGGAGGAAGUGGAAGUGGCGGCAGCGGCAGUGGUGGGAACGAUUUUUUCGAUGACUAUUCCAUAAUCUACGGGUUUUCGGGCAGUGGCAAGGGGGCGGAUAUGAGCGAAGCGACACAGAUGGGGUUCGAUACGCUCGAGCCGAUCGACAGCAAGCGUCCCACGGUGAAGACGAUGUUCUCGCCGGCAGGCGGUAGCCUGAAGGGUGGAUCGAGCAGUAUUAGCGAUCAACCCACAUACAGCCGCGGAGGUGGCAGUAGCAGCGGAAGCAACUACAACAACAUCAAUAACAACAGUAGCAGCAGCAGCAGCAACAACAGUAGCAGUCGAAGGAACGGUCAACCGCAACCAGUCGAUAGCAGUGACGUUGCGCAGAAAAAGUUCGGCUCUGCCAAGGGCAUCUCGUCCGACCAGUUCUUCGGCGACGAACAGUCGAGCUACGAACGGUCGGCCAAUCUUUCCAAAUUCCAGGGCUCUACCAGCAUCUCUUCCGCCGACUACUUUGGGCACGGCUCGUCAUCGAUGGGAUCGGGCGGUUCUAGAUCCGGAGGAGGAGGAGGCGGACCGCGCGGACCGGCACUGCAGUACAAUGGGCCCGAUUUGGAGGACGUAAGGGAAAGCGUCCGGCAGGGCGUUACGAAGGUGGCCGGACGUCUCAGUUCGCUUGCCAGCGAUGUGAUGAACUCGAUUCAGGAUAAAUAUGGCUACUGAAGCGCCCGCGUGUGUGUACAGCAGCAUCCCGAAUGCUGUGGAAGCCGUGCACGGACGUGUCUCAUCUUCCAGCAUGGAUCACAAUCACAACACACUAUUGUUAAAAAAAGAAGAAGGCUAACAGCAGCAGCAAACUAAGAGAAAAACAGGACCAUUCGCGGUUAUAUACUUUGAUUUAGAGACGGUUCAUGGGAAGCACCAGACGGGGUGGGCUUCCGUUGGUUUCCGUUGGUUGUUUAGCGUAUGUUUAGUUUAUCUAUGAUGUGUAUUAUAAAGUUGUGCUUAUUGAAAUACAAGGCCUGUGCAUCUCUCUCUCGCUCA